AAAAAAAAUAAUAAUUAAGAAUAGUUGAAAAAAAAUUAUUUGAACUUGGACUCAAUGGCUCAAAAGAAAAAAAUGUGAGAAUUGGAUGUGAUUUCUUAAUCAGCCCAAAUGGCCCAAGAGAAAUCUGAUGUGGGCUGGAUCCGAAAAAAAUGACCCAAUAUAAAUUUGUUAUUAAUAUUACUUGAUUGCUUUUAAUGAAACAUGCAAUGUUAUUAAAGAAAAUGGCAGACUAAGGUAAAAAGGACAAUAAAAUCCUCCUUUAAUAGUAUAGAUGUUCUUAAAACAAUAACCAUCCUUAAAUCUUUGCUCAUUCAAAAAAAUAAUAUUUUUUACAUAAAUUGGAAACAAGUUUUGUUUUUUGACUAGAGACCCAAGUUUAAAUUAUACCACUAAAAUAUUUUAAUAUUUAAUUGUUCAGAAAUAUAUAUAUUUAUAUAUUCGAGAGUAGACAAUGCAUAGAUGAUACUAAAUUGAUCGCAAGAAUUCUUUUUGGAAAACACAAUAUAACUAGUAUAGUAUACAAAAAACUUUUCGAAAAUUUAUGAAAAUGUUUAAGCCCGAAUCGGAGGCAAUACACCUAGUUAACAAGAUAAGCUAAACAAAAUCUGGACAAAAUGGUUUGACAAUGUGGGGGACGGUUUAAUCUGAAUAAUUAUCUAAGCUAGUACAAUCUAUCAAAAAAAAAUAGGGAAUGAUUUUGGAUAUAUUAAUCUUAAAGAUAAAUAUAUUUUUAAAUUCAAGUUUAUUAUGUAUUAGUAUUUAUUUCAAAUGUGAUAUAAAUAUAUUAUGACUUUUAAAAUAUUGUUAAAUUUGAAGUAUAUCUAUAACUAUUUCAUUACUUACUUUUAAUGUUGUUUUAUGAAAGAUAUACGAAAUGAACUUACAAAGUACCACUAUUCUGAAUUAGGAUACUUAUGCUUUCAGCUCAUAUCGAGAUAGUUAAAUAUCAGAUCUGAAUACCCAAAUAUUCAAUAAUCUUCAUAACCAUAUUGAUGAACAGGUAGAUGGAAAUGUUAUACUGAUAUGCAAUAUACAAAGCAAUUUCCUCACAACUACAUACCAGAUCCAAAUAUCCUAAAAUUCAAGAAUAGUCAUAACCGUAUUGAUGAACAAGUUGUAUUGCUUUGAUGAUAUAUUGAUACGCAAUUACAAAGCAAAUCUCUUUCGUCCAUUUUACGUCACGAGAAGGAUGUGCACAUUCACAUCCAUUAUACAUCAUGUGAUGCACAAAAAUAUGGAAAGAGUUUGUCAAGUUUUUUUCUAACUGAAGAUGAUUGAGAUGUGGCAAGAGCAACUUUUUGGUAAUCAUAUCAUGUUUCAUAUGGUUAGUGUGACCACGAUGGAUGAGUUUUUGCUUUGUGCAAAGCCUAAAGAAUUGGUGCAAUGCAGAACGAGAGAUUUUAAUAAGAAACUUCAGUCCAUAAAGUCAGCUAUUCAGAUCGUUAAUUUAACCCGAAAUCGAGGCAGAUUCACCGUAACUAAUACCAGAAUUAAUGUAUACGUCGUAGAAACUUCAAAUUUAUGAAAAUCAUAAAUUAAUAUUUGGAGGGAAGAAUAUAGCUACUGGACAGAAAUUUGUAGGUUGUUUUUUUUAUUGUAAGUAAGACUAUUAUUGGUGGAAAAUGGUAUUAUUGUUUAGUAAAGGUUAUAGCUUAUAACUAUGAGAUUGCUACAUAUAUUUUGUGACUACCGGUUCAAAGAAUAAAUUUCAGUAACAUGUUUAUUUUCCAAAUAUUUUUGAUAAAAUGAUGAGAUUAGUAGAAAAAAACGAACAAAAAAGAAUCGAACUGAGCUGAAUAUCUGAAUUUCAUAAAUACAUGAAUGAUAUACACACUCUUAUAUUGAAGAUACUCGAAUCAGUGUCCAGUUUCAUGCCUAACAAAAACCAAACUCUUUAAAACGUGAUUAAGGCGUUCUUUAAACUCUUUUUUUUUUAAUGUGGUAAUUGUCAAGUUGACAAGAGGGUCUUUGACUAUUUCUUUAACUAACGACAAAGGUACACGACAUUUCAAACAAUACGGCAAGGGUUGAAACUCGUGUCGUUUCAAUUACUAAAAGACGAAUGUUGUGCCGUUUACGUGUUCUAUGUUACAAUUGUUAUCAUACGGGGUGAGACAACGGAAGAAACAUUCUCUUCGUACGCAGCGAAGUAGAAGAACGUCAAAGAGAGCCAUCGUCUUCUCUCUCUUUAGGCGGAUUGUUACACGCAGGAGAGAUGGAUCAGAUAAUGAACAAGGUGGGCUCUUAUUGGUUAGGACAGAAGGCUAACAAAGAGUUCAACUCCGUUGGUGACGACUUCAAUUCAAUGUCUAGUAGUAUUGAAGGAGGUACCAAGUGGUUGGUCAACAAACUCAAAGGAAAAAUGCAGAAGCCAUUGCCUGAGUUGCUGAAAGAGUUUGGUUUACCGGUUGGGAUCUUUCCACAGGACGCUACAAACAAUGAGUUCAACGAAGAGACAAGCAAGUUGACUGUCUUCAUCCCUGAGGCCUGCGAGGUUGGGUACAGGGACUCAUCGGUUAUGCGGUUUUCAACAACGGUAAGUGGUUACCUGGAGAAAGGGAAGCUAGCUGAAGUGGAAGGUUUGAAAACAAAGGUGAUGAUUUGGGUGAAAGUGAGUUGUAUCUCAGCAGAUGCAUCAAAGGUAUAUUUCACGGCUGGGAUGAAGAAAAGCAGGAGCAGAGAUGCUUAUGAGGUUAUACGGCCUGGUGUUGCUGUUGAUAAAUUCUAACUUAUGGAUGCUUUGCCCAAGUUGUUUUUUUUGUAUGUAUGUAUGCUUUUUAACUCCUUGUGUCAAAAGUAACCUCUGAUGAAGCAAACAUUUUACUUGUUAAUGUAUAAUUUUUAGUCUCUUAAUAAAAAUUUAAAAGACACAAA